UCCUCCAACAUGCACAUCCACGACGUCCUCAUAGUGGGCGCCGGUCCAUGCGGCCUCGCCAUCGCAGCAAGACUUCACGAACACACGCCAUCCGCAACCUUCACCGACGACGAACACCAAAGAUAUCACUGGAUCCGCAAACACGGCUCAAAAAUCCCCCUCCGCAACCGCCGCAAAAACAAAGACCAACUCCCGCGCUCUGCCCCCUCUCCUCCGAGCAAACUAGACAUGCUAGUCCUCGACGCCGACGGCGACCAAUGGAUGACGAAAUGGGACCGUCUCUUCUCCCUCUUCGGAAUCAAGCACCUCCGCAGCCCAAUGUUCUUCCACAUCGACCCCUCCGACCGCGACGCCCUCCUCGCAUACGCAUACGCGCAGAACCGCUCCAGCGAACUCCAAUGCCUCCCCGGUUGCGCGGGGAAAGAAGUCAGCAAACACCGCAAGAAGAAGCGUUUACAAGCCCGCGGUGGCGGGGGGAGAGUAUCGCAGAGUGGGCCGGACAUCGACGAGCGCGAUCGGAAGGAUUACUUCACGCCUUCUACUUCUGUGUUCCGCGCGCAUUGCGAGGAUGUAGCGAGAUGUUAUGGUCUCUGUGGGGAGAAGCUGGUUCGGCAGGAGAAGGUUGUUGAUAUUGCGUUUGACGAGGUCGAUGUGCUCCGAGAUGAUGAUGAUAAUGAUGACGGCGCGGAACACGACAGCGUGAUCUCUUCCUCCUCUUUCGAUCUCGAUUCCAAUACAUCCUCUGCGCCGUCCAAGAUCUUCAGAAUCUCAAGCGAUAAAGGCGUGCACUACGCGCGCACAGUCGUCCUAGCAAUCGGCCCUGGCAACGCACCGCACGUCCCCGAAAUCCGCGGUCUACCAUCUGGAACGCGGCAUCCAGGCUUCAGCCACGCAAUGCACCUCCCCCGCUUCCCGCCACCUUCUCUCGAAGCCAAAAUCAACCGCGGAAACGCAACAAACGUGCUCAUCGUAGGCGGCGGCCUAACCAGCGUGCAACUCGCCGACCUCGCGCUCAAAAAGGGCGUUUCAAAAGUCUGGCUGCUCACGCGCGGCGCCGUCAAAGUGAAAUACUUCGACAUCGGGCUCGAAUGGGUCGGGAAAUUCAGAAACGUAAAGCAGGCCGAGUUCUGGAGUGCGGAUUCGGACGACGAGAGGUUGGACAUGUACCUCUCGGCCCGCAACGGCGGCAGCAUCACCCCGCGGUACCGCAAGAUCCUGAACUCGCUCGUCAAUGCUGGCGGGGUAAGCUUGCACACGUAUACCACGCUUGACUCUGUCUCGUGGGACCCGGUGGCGCGGACGUGGAGAACGAGCUUGCGGUGCUGCCCUCCGCCCCCGUCAAAGUACAGCGAGGAUGAGUGUCCGACUCCGUUUCCGUCGAGAGAGGAUCCUUCGCCGCCUCCGUUUGACUACAUCGUCUUCGCAACUGGCAUGCAAUCAGAUAUCCGCACCAUCCCUUUCUUGUCUUCGCUGCAGAAAAAGCAUCCAGUGACUUGUGCUGGGGGACUACCUUGUUUGACCGAGGACAUGAUGUGGAGCGAUGACGUGCCGCUUUUUGUUACUGGACGAUUCGCGGGUCUUAGGAUAGGACCCGGAGCGCCGAAUUUGGUGGGGGCGAGAAUCGGGGCGGAGAGAGUUGCCUGGGGUGUUGAGGAUUAUCUGGGAAGGGGCGGCAAGGGAGGAGGCGAGAGUGUUGAUGGAGAGAGGAUAGAGGAUUGGAGUGCGGCGAGGUCGAAUAGGUUUGAGGGGUUGGGGGAUGUGGGUGGGGAGUAG